AUGUCGGAAGCUUACUUCUCGGAGCAUCUUCAAAUCGGAGAGAAUCAAUUUUCAUGUGUUGUUGGCGAUGGAAAUUUACAAUCUUCAAGCAAGGCUAUUUUAGAAUUUGACAAGAAGAAGGUUCAUGUCCAUGGCCAAACCAUGGGAGAGGAUGAAUUCGGAAAGAAGUUUUCGUUUGUUGUACACGAGUUUUAUCAUAUUGAAAUUCCCGACUCGUGUCGUGGCAAAGGAGUUGCAAUGCCGUUUGCAAAGGCUUGCUUUGAUUAUGCCAAACAACACGGAUGGAAAGUAAAAGUGACUUGUCCUUAUUUGAGAGAAAAGUUUUUAGGACAAUACAGAGAAAAAUAUAGAGAUAUUCUAUAUGGAGAGUAG